AUGCUGAAUGUCUACUCAGUUCGACUGUUCGAAGAUAGAUUGCUGACUCCGUGGCGCAGUUGCCAAGAGCGGUCGGAGGCGCUCAGCGGCCGACUAUCAAAGUCGGCUUCGGAGCUCUCGUGCUCGUCGCCAGCAGCCGCCGCCCCGCCGCCCCGCGCCCGCUCCGCCCACCACCACACGCCGCUGUCAGUGGUACACAGGACGCACCACUUCUUCACCAACUUAAAGAGCCGUUGGCAGCGGAGUCGCAGCCGAGAGCGGUGUCCAGCGGGCACGGUCUUCUCGCUGGCUCCAGGGCCGGACAGCAGUGGAACGGAGUACGCGGCAGACCAGAGUUCCGAGCAUAGCACGCCCGCCAAUUCGCCCAGGCACCGCCUCAAGAAAGGUAACCCAAGAACUACAGUAGAAACACUGUUCUACUGUAGAAGCAUGGUUAUACAG